AUGACUUGGGAAUUUGAACUUGUCGCGGGCCCUUAUGGUGGGACUACCGAGGGGCCGGUCUGGGACGGUCAGGCCCUGCUGUUUACUGACAUACCCAACAGCCGGAUCAUGCGCUACGACCACCAUACCGGCGAGUGCACCGAAUGGCGCACCGGCACAGAAGGCACCAACGGACUGAACUUCGACACGCAAGGCAACCUCUAUGGCUGUUCCGGCGGCGGGCGGCGCAUCCUGCGCUUCAACGCCGACGGCACGGCCACUUCCCUGCCCAGCCUGCUGGAGGGCAAGCGGCACAACCGUCCCAAUGACCUGGCCAUCGACCGCAAGGGCCGUAUCUGGUUCACCGAUCCGGCGGGCCAGAUUCCCCCAGAGGAACGGGAGCUGGACCAUGCCUCGGUGCUGCGCCUCGAUCCUGACCCCAGUGCGGAGGGUGGCUGGACACUGCACCGGAUGACGUUCGACACCUGGGCGCCCAACGGCCUCCUGUUCUCGCAGGACGAGAGAACACUGUACGUCGUGCAGAGCGACUACCAGGGAACCCGUGACCUGCGCGCCUAUCCGCUGCAGUCCGACGACUCCCUGGGCGAGCCGCUGGUGCUGCACGAGUUUGGCCGGGACUUUCGCGGUGUCCACCGCGGGCUCGACGGGAUGUGCCUGGACGUGGACGGCAAUAUCGUUGCUGCCGGCGGCUGGCGGCAGGCCGGUCCGGGGCCCCUGAUCCAUAUAUUCGCUCCGUCGGGACGCAUCAUUGAGACGCACCCUGUGCCUUUCGACUGGCCAACCAACUGCGCCUUCGGCGGCCCGGCUCUGGACACGCUUUACGUCACCACCCACGGUGGGCACCUGCUCCGGGUAAACAGCACCGACCGCCGGGGUUAUAGCAAUUUCCCCCAUAGGUGA